AAAGAUCUUGAAAAAGCAGAGCAGAGGGCAGGCCAUGGAUUUGCAGUGCCGCGACGUGGCUCGGUGGACCGGAGCUCUCUCCGCUUACUCUGCUCGCGUCGAUUCCCUCGACAAGCCCAACCUCCCCUCCCUCGACGACUUCUACCGCCGCCGCCUCCCCGCCCUCCUCCACGGCCGGAACCCUAGUCCCUUCAUCACCCGCUCCGAGCUCACCGAGCUCAUGCAAUGGAAGCUUGCUCGCGGCAAAUGGAGGCCGCGAUUGGUGGGGUUCGUGUCGUCGCUGGAUGAGGAGACGGUGGAGUCUUCCUCCCGGAAGGCCUUCGGGUCGCUCCCCGACGUGUCGAAGGCCGUGUCGGAGCUCACGGUCUUGAAGGGGGUUGGCCCCGCCACCGCAUCCGCCGUCCUCGCCGCGUACGCGCCCGAUGUCGCUCCUUUCAUGUCUGACGAGGCUAUGGUGGCUGCUCUUGGACACUCCAAGGAUUACUCCUUGAAGCAGUAUUUGCUGUUUGUGGAGAAACUACAGGCUAAGGCAAAGGAAUUAAGCACUGAGGGACAAUUGUUCACACCAUCAGACGUAGAGAGGGCCCUGUGGAGUUCCGCUAUUGAGGCCAAGCUGGGAAGCUCUCAGUCUGAUUCAGCCGCGAAGACCAAUGUAAACAAAAAGUCUAAGAGGAAGAGGAAAAGAUGAUUCUAAGCGGUGGUCGACGACAUCAGGUUUUGCUAGUUUUUGCUGUUUACUUGCACAGAUUAUGUUGAUGGUCCUGGUCCAGAUCGCGUAAAGAUCACAAGCAACGCCCAAUAUUUUGCUUCUGUUUUUGCCGAGGAAAUUAUGGCUGCUCUACUUCUCCUCCAGAACCCUGUCCAUAGGAUGUCUUGGACAAUCCUCCGGUCUCCCAUCGCACAAUAUGUGUGAAGAAUCUGCCAUUGGUUCGCGAAUGGACCAGGUAUGUCACAGGCCGGUGGGUCGAACCAUGUUGUGUAGUGACGAGCUUCUUGUUGUGACCUGCAAUCGGUGGACUAACGUCCAAAACGGAUUGCCAAUUAGUUUGGGAAGUUGGUCUUUAUUUCGUGGUAUUUUCCAAACCUUCUCAU